UGGACUACCUGUCCACGUCCUCACCUGGUUCUUCCUCUCAGACACACUGUGUGCAGCCAAACAAUCAUCUGAUCAUAAAUAAAGUAUUUCUGAGGUAAAGAAAUGUGAGAGGAGGCUGGGGAGAGUUUGAUAACAGUAUAUUAAUACACCACAUUAGGCCUGGUGUUACGUCCACCUGGUUCUCUCUCUCCAAUGCUCUGACCCUGACAGCACCACAUGGGGCAGCACAGUGCUUCCUCAUUUAUCAUCAGAAUGUUUCUUUUUAUUUUGUAGAAUUUGAAAAACAAACAGGAUGUAAACCAAGUCAGUAGAUUUUUAAUAGAAAUAGGCUAUUUCCUAACUAUAUAAAGACAGAGCAUGCAUGGGGGCUCUGUGGGAGGGGGAGGGGCCGCAGAGAGGCUGGGGUCGCCCCUGUCCACUCAGACGGGAUUAAAUCAGCAGCAGCCUCGUCUGUUCGGACUCCUGGAUGAAACCUGCCCGACACCAGCCCCCCCGCUCCGGCUCCACCUGCCAGACUCCGCUCAUGGAGGACUCUGCAGCUGCAGUCUAAUCCCGCAGACCCGCCUGUCUGAGCUAAGCCCUGUCGCGGACAGAAUGAGGACCGGUCUUGCUGUUGUCCCGAAGCCCGAACCCGCCGGCUCGGAUCCCCGGGGCCUCGGAGGAGAGCAGGUUUAUGUGAGCUGGAGCUGCUGAAGGAUUUCACCGACAUGCCUGGAACAAAGCGAGCGGAAGUGCGGCGGCGGAUCGACAGGGUCCGCAGGGCGUCUGCCGGGGUCUGCCAGUUGAGCUCAUGAUGCUGUAGACCAGUAGCCUACCGGCCUGGAGAGAGGAGCUGCCGAUGCACAGCAAACCCUGUGGAUGGUGAAGAAGCAUCGGGACCGGGACCUUGUGUGGAAUACACGGAGACAUGACAUGCACGAGGAAAAAGAGGAAACGCUUCUUUAAAAGCUGCGUUUUUUAAAGGGAUUCCGCAACAGGCUUUCACAAAGACCCGGACCGCAGCGGUCCGUGGCAGCGGCAGGUGCCGCCGUCUCUCUUUGUACCAGUUGUUUUUGUGGGGCAGAGCCAGGUGAACCUGGACCCGUGUUUCAUGUAGACCGCAGCAGACCGUGAGGAGGACCAGCAGCCCGCUGCAGGCUCCCGGAGAGUAUCAGGAGGUGAGACGACACAUUACACCAAAGGGACUCAGCUCGAAAUGGAGCGAUGUGGAUUGGGGUGGUCCUGUUCCUUGUGAACUGCAGAAAGAAGGAAGCAACCACGAGGACGAAGGAACUACUAGCAGACGGAGGAGGCGGCGGAGGAGUGGUGGCUUUGCUGUCUGAAAAAAAGGUGGUUUGGGUGGGGGUGCAUUCGGGAUGGCGAAUGGAAAUGAGAGCAUCGAAGGGCCUGCUGGGCCCGUGGCAGCGGUGGUGGCUACUGCAGAAGGACUGAUAGCAGAGAGCCCUUCCUCGGCUGUCUCUACAUAUAUCAAACUGGUGCUGCUGGGGCUGAUCAUCUGCAUCAGCCUGGUGGGCAACCUGGUGGUGUCUCUGCUCGUACUGCGGGACCGGGCCCUUCACAAGGCACCUUACUACUUCCUGCUGGACCUGUGCCUGGCAGACACCAUUCGCUCAGCCAUCUGCUUCCCUUUUGUGCUGGUGUCCAUAAAGAACGGCUCCGCCUGGACCUACAGCGUGCUGAGCUGCAAGGUGGUGGCCUUCAUGGCGGUGCUGUUCUGCUUCCACGCCGCCUUCAUGCUGUUCUGCAUCAGUGUAACACGCUACAUGGCCAUUGCACACCACCGCUUUUACUCAAAGCGCAUGACGUUCUGGACGUGUGUGGCAGUGGUGUGCAUGGUGUGGACACUGUCUGUGGCAAUGGCUUUCCCGCCGGUUUUUGACGUGGGCACCUACAAAUUCAUCCGUGAGGAGGACCAGUGCAUCUUUGAGCAUCGCUACUUCAAGGCUAACGAUACGCUGGGCUUCAUGCUAAUGCUAGCUGUGCUCAUUCUAGCCACACAUGUUGUCUACAUGAAACUACUCCUGUUUGAGUACAAGCACCGCAAGAUGAAGCCAGUCCAGAUGGUGCCGGCCAUCAGUCAGAACUGGACCUUCCACGGGCCGGGAGCUACAGGCCAAGCGGCAGCAAACUGGAUUGCGGGCUUUGGCAGGGGCCCAAUGCCGCCCACUCUGCUGGGAAUCCGGCAGAACUUGCACAACCAGAACCGGCGCCUGUUGGGCAUGGAGGAGUUUAAAGCGGAGAAGCAGCUUGGCAGGAUGUUCUACGUGAUCACCCUGCUGUUCCUGGUGCUCUGGUCUCCCUACAUAGUGGCUUGCUAUUGGAGGGUGUUUGUCAAGGCUUGCACAAUACCACACCGGUACCUCUCCACCACCGUGUGGAUGAGCUUUGCCCAAGCCGGGGUCAACCCUAUUGUCUGUUUCUUCCUUAACAAAGACUUGAAGAAAGGGCUCCUUUCCCACCUACCAGCCUGCUGCAGGACUAAACCUCAUCUGCCACGAGAGCCUUAUUGUGUCAUGUAAACAGAGACGAUGAUCUGAACGUGGAGAACAACCAAGAGGCAGCCAACAGAUCUGUUGUAGGAGUGUUUGAGUUAUUGUGGCAUUUGAUUCAAUGCAAGCUACUAGCUAGUAGCAGCGGGUGGAAACUAGUGAGUGUGAAGGUAAAAACACUGGAAUGGUAAGCAUGUAUUUCCACCUACCAACCCGUUUUCACUCAAAACAACAGCAUACAUGGAGUCAGACCUUGACUUAACUAACAAGAGGAAAAUACUUUAAUAGCAAGUAGUAAUGCAGUCGUUGUGGAAACCAAGCCAGCAACAAAUUACAUAAGCUGCGUCAUAAAGACCAUCAGAGUGGCCGAUUAGAAAAGUCUAAAACAAAGGAUGUGUGAGUUGGUUUGGUGAUAAAAAGAUUCCUGAGGAGGACAAAGAGCAACUUUUCUUGUUUAAACCUACAUUUUACUAUUGGGGGGGGUUAACCCAUUUUGAUUUUUAGUACUUUAUUUAAAAAAUAUAGUUCUACGCAAUCCAAAGACUCCUUGUUCAGUUAUCUCAAAGUUUAACAACUGUCCAGUUUCAAAGUCCGGAAUAGAUUAAAAUUAUAAAACCUUCUGGAAAUGAUUUAGGAAUCAAAACUGUUUUCUUGAAGUCUGUAGAGGAAACAAAGGUUUGUGAAUAUCACACUCGGGCCAGUGAGAUGGUUUAAUCUGACCUAAAUGAAAUAGAAAUGCUCCUCGCUGGAUGAGGAACAUUGUGUCUGAAGCAUACACAUUAGUGGACAGGACAACAACAUGGGCUACGCACCAGAGUGGAUUUCCACUCCCGUCCCAUCCCGCUCCCACAAAAAUAAUCCUGUCCCGUCCCAAUCCCAGAACAAUGACUCCCCUCCCAUCCUGUUCCUGAAAAAGUCAGAAAAUAGCGUGUAUUCAUACUAGAACUGCAUGUUUCUAUAUAAAAAACAGAUGAUUCCUGUUGAUUUUUCUUCCUGUCCCCUCCCACUCCUGCAAUCAAUAAUGAAACUGAGUCUCGUCCCACAGGAAUCCUGAAACAAUCUCCAGCUCUGCUCAGCGUUUCAGAUUGACGGUCCUGAAAUUCUACUGCUGACACACCUGUGUGCUUUUAAUUUAAAGAUCCGCUCCGUUAACGGCAAGCAGGCCAUCUUGUAAUGGUCUCAACACAGUGUCCAGUUGCAGAGAUCUCCAAUCACUCGGGUAAAAUGCUGAGUUAGAAAUCCCUUUCCUCGACUACCUAGUGCGAUUAAUGUACUUUAGUGUCUGAGGUCUGAAAUGUGUGCACAAUGUAAUGCCCUCAAACAUUCCCAGAGUGCAACAAAACAUGCGCCCAGUUUAUUACCACCAGAACAGAAGCAUGAAUAGUAAAAGCAGUUUGUUGAGUAGUUUAAACUUCAGCAGGGCCACUGUAAAGACAGACUGAUGGUGUCCUCUGUCUUGGACUCAUCGUAUGUGAUUCAGUUAAUUCUGUCUGAAAUCUCAGUCGACUCAGAGUAAGUAUGAAGUGUUCAUUUUGUACAACUGAGAGAAUCAAAUCUGGAUUAUUAUUAUUAUGAAAACUGCUGAUUAACAUGUCAAAGUAAAACAAUAUCUGAAGUAUCUGAAGAACACAACAGACGGGGCAAAGUCUCCACAGGACACAUUUAUUCAUUCUGUUAGUCAGCAAACAAAACCAAACUUCCAUCUGUGCCCCUGACGAAACCCUGAAGCACGUAGCCUCAGUGGUGCAGCAGAAAACGUACAGUGAGGAAUUGGUUUCAGGCUUUGAACCUAGGGAUUAAAACCUCAUUAGUUUUUCCUGAGGACAAAUCACGUCAAACACAAGUGGUGGCUGAAUUUACAAAGAAAUAAAACCCAAGUUAUAAUAAAGUGAAAUGAUCCUUUACCCUUUGCCUCUGGCUGGUCAGGAAGGGUAGCUCCAGCAGGUAGCAGCCAAGCUAAACAAAACUAGGAAUAAAAUACAGUUAAACCAAGGUUUUAAACAGAAAUCAGUUCCAACACGCUUGUUUACAGACGUUCACCAAAGUUAUUUUGAGUAGUUGUAAUAAUUCCAUUUAAAUGAAUGGAGUCUGGUGUGCAAGUUAAAUCUGUGAAACAACUUUACUGCUAAAGAAAGGGUUUGUAGAGGGACAACUGUAUGUAACUGCUGACGGUAUCCGGCUCGCCACUUUUGCUCAAACAGCCGACAUCCAGUGAGAUGUGACAUUAACAAAGCUCAGGCCACACUGUCUCUCCAGCAGCAGAACACUAAAUACCGUGUGCAGCUUUACCCAAACGGAAGGCCAUUUCAGGACUGUUCAAAUCAAAAUUAGGAGGUACUAAAUCAAAAUACCAACUUUUGAAAAUGAUGUCAAACUUUUUUCUUUUUAGGCCAAAAUAAUGAGAUUAAGUAAAAAAAAGUGAUCAGUCAUGAGAUUUGUGAGGAAAUUUAAAAAACGUCAUUUGAUUAUGGUAAUGAGGUAAACACUGAAACUAGGUCAAGAUAUCUGGCAUCAAAAUCUUUUACAAACCCUAAAGUUUCCUUUAAAGAAGCUCGUAACAUGAAUCUGGAGUCACAGUUAGCCUAUCAUAAAUCAGCAUGGUACAGCAAAGACUGGGAGACAUGAUAUUUAAACCCUCAUCACCGGGGGUGUGAGGGUAAAGAAGGGUUGAGGGUAGUGAGAUUGAGAGGGUACUGAGGGUGCCGGGGGUGCAUCAGAAGGCUCAUCUGCUUUAUUUUGCAUAAAUCUAAAUAAAUGGGUCAACUGUGUGUACAAACAAAGUGUACCUUGAAGUUUAGGUGGAAGUAUAGGACAAAGAUUGUAAUCUGUUGGUGAAUGUCUGAAAACAUGGCACAGUCCUUAAGCUUGGGGACAAAUAAAGUGUAUUUGGGGGCUUGAGGUGCCCCGUUGUCUCUGCCGUGGCACACCUGAAACACCCGACAACAGCUUGCCACAGAGAUUCGCUAAUGUGUUUUUAUUUUCAGAAUUAUGGCCUUACUCCAUAAAAACAUCAAACCAAUGCAACAAAGAUCAGACAAAUGGGUCCCUUCUGUAUUCAGGAGGAAACAGAACACUGUGUACACUACUGACAUUUCCCAUCAGACCCCGGAGGACCUGUGGUGGUGGUGGGCCCACAAUGGGAAACAUUUAGACUGAGGAUCUGAUGAACAGCUCUGGAUGUUUGCUUUUCUCCUCAGACAUCAACCUGAGAAGUAAGGAAAAAUGACUUUGUCUUUUUCUUUCUUUUCUCUUUCUGAGACGGAGCCAGAGAAAAGAUGCUGGACAGUGCUUUUUUAGUUGCCUCAGGCUGAUUCUGUUUUUGUAAAUUUACUGUGACCUCUGUACUAUUAGUGUGAAUUAUAUCGACAGCAAACCAACUCUGAAAUGCAACGGAAGAGUUCCUGAUCAUAGUAUUUUUACUGUGUGUGUGUGUGUGUGUGUGUGUGUGUUCUAUUGGCAGGUAUGAGUGUGUCUUGAUGGUUAGAUGGCGAGAAAGAAAACUGACCAGAUACAUUUUGCAUUUUCAAGACGUCAUUCCUGCAAAUGCUUCCUCUGUAUUUAUUUUCCUGAUGCAAAGAUCUGAAUGUGUUUUCAAAGAAAUGAAGUUUACUCAAAGUCCCUCUUAUGAAACAUGUAACAGAUGAGUGUUAAUUGGAGCAGAAUUUUUUGUACAUAUUUAGAGGUAAAGAAGAGCAUUCAGACACAUGUUGCUGCGUACGUUGGCCUGGAUCUGAAGGUUUCAUUGAAUUAACACAUAAAAAAACGAAGUACAGCAAGAACAGUACAUGAAAAAAGGCUGGCAUCAGAUUGCCAAAUGAUCCGCUUGGGUCUUCCCCAUCAUUCCUGUCGGUAAUAAUAACUGAGAUCUGUGAAUGCCUCAAUCUGACAGGACAGGUGGGAGACAAACCAACAGGUGACUUACCUGUUCAGUGAGCGAUUAUUUAGAUCAUCUGGAUGAACUGCUGCUUUGUUUCCUGGCUGCUCAUGUUUAUUCCCCUCAGACUUUCCUUGUAAUGACGUUCACAGAUCUAAGAAGUGACCAACAGAAGUGGUGGCUGAAAUUACAAAGAAAUAAUAAAGUGAAAUGAUCCUUUACCCUUUGCCUCUGGCUAGUCAGGGAGGGUAGCUCCAGCAGGUAGAAGCCAAGCUAAACAAAACUAGGAAUAAAAUACAGUUAAACCAAGGUUUUAAAUAGAAAUCAGUUCCAAAGCGCUCGUUUACAGACGUUCACCAAAGUUAUUUUGAGUAGUUGUAAUAAUUCCAUUUAAAUGAAUGGAGUCUGGUGUGCAAGUGUUUGCUGCUGUGACCGGGGCCCAUUCAGUAAAUGAGCCCGAUACCAGUGUGACGAGUGAAUGUCCAGACCAGUGUGUGGUGGUUCUGCUGGGUCACUGUCCAGCAGGCACAACAGCACAGAUCACUACGGCUUCACACAGUAAUGAUGUUCUGAGGGGGAAACUCAAAGCAGUGUCUUACAGAGGGAAUCUUUAUUUUAAAUGUCAAAGGUUCAAAGAAAAGUCUCAUCCUGGUGCAUCCUGAAGUUUUCAAAAAGAAAGAACACCAAAAUUCUCUGAAGGAUGUGAAAGAAAUCUGUUCUGACCCCGACCAUCCAGCCAGACGCUGCGGUUUCCGUUUGUUCUGAAUUAUUAAAAAGUGGUUGAGCUUUUACGCAUGUCUCUGGCGAUUUAUGAUUUCUGUUGUCGGUUUUGUAACGAAAAUAAAUUUCAUUUGAAAU